UCUUGACAAUUAUUUCUGUGAUUGGGACUCGUAUUACUGUCCAAAUCGUGUUUAUAUUAAGAAUUGCUUCAUCAAACUCUUUUCAAUUUAGUUCUAAGAACCAUUCUUACAGGACAGAGAAAGUUAGGUUUUAUUUUAGAGAAAAAUGACAUCUUCAAGCCGAAAACGUCAAUCUACUAUUACAACAUAUGAGCAGAGAAGACGGCGAAAUCUGCGUUUGGGAUACUCGUUAUUGAUGUCCUUGCAUGGGCGUGCUCACGAAUCAUUAUUGCGAGAUGUUAACAAUAAUCAGCCUUCACACGACACUGUUUCUGACGAUAGACGAUAUUUAAUUGGAGCAAUAAUUUACAAAACUUUGCCAGUAGCUGAUGAAGGUGCGCAGUAUGCUAUACACGUGUUCGAGAAACAUAAGGUUCAAAUUCGUCGCACAGAAUUAGAAGCUCAAGCACUAGAACGAAUCGAGCGCGAAUAUUCUACUGGGGUCAUAGGAAAAAAGACAUUCAUCAGCAAUCUGUUCUUGAUCCAGAAGUAUGUACCGGUCCAUUACGCUAGCUACUGUAUUGACCAAACGGACGGACAAUCAAAAGGCACGAACGAUAAGCGCUUCCAAGUCAAUCUUCAUUUUCGAAGAAAGUACAUUUCUAUUUUAAAACAUGGUUAUUAUCCCACUGAAGAACACGAAGGAAUAGAAAUCAAAACAUUUCGAUCUUUUGCUUCUUUGAAUGUUUUCUAA